AUGGAAUUUGCAGUAUGUCAGCAUUUCCUUGAUAUUAAUGCUUACUUUUUCACUGCAGUUUCCAAAACGAAGAAGUCAGGUUCUCUGAGGGAUAACGAGCUGGACAAAGACAACUUCUGCGGUAAGUUUUUCAAUCUUUAACUUUUUUUGUAAAGUCUAGCCAAGACCAGGAAAAUAAUAAGAUAUGGAAAAGUUCAAUAAUUGAUAAAAUUAUUGGGGGAGUGUCCACAGCCCCUGCCCUCUUUGGGUGUUGCUGCGUUUUAGAUGAUCAGUACAUAUAUUUACAAACAACCAUUGACAAACUAAUGUAUGAAGACAACAAUUAAGGGUCUUAAAUCUUCCACUCCUAAUUAUUAUAAUGAAUUUCUUUUUCUCAUAGUUACAAAGUCAAAGAAACGGAGAACAUUCAACCAAAGCGACGAAGACUGGUCAACUGGUAAGUCUGGUGAGGUCAACAAACUUGCCCACUGCUUGGUUCUGUUUUUGAAUUGAACGAGCGUGAUAUGAACUUAGCAUCUUGGGGAAACAAUUUGCAUCCGGCAAUGAUAUGGUGGCAUACAAGUGGUUUUGACAUGUUGAAAUUAGAGGUCACUAGGCAUAGAUGAAUAGUCAAAGUGGCAUUAAUAUUUCGAAAUGAUUUUAUUGUAUUCAUAUAGUUCUUUAAUAGAAACAAAGUUUUGCAAAAAAUCUGUUUCAAAGUUGUUCCAACUUCGUUUGUUAUGCACGCUGAUUCCAACGUGAACAGUUAUAUUCAUAAAUAGCUCAUAUACCUAUUUCCUAACCCGAGACAAAUUUGGUGGCAAUAUUUGCUCUCCAUCUAUCAAAUUCAUCCAAUGCCAAACCGUUCUUCGUAAAGCUCUAACAAUAUAUUAAUGUUCAAUGCAAAAAAGACAGUUGAUUAAGGAACAAAGUGAGCAUUUCAAGAAUGUUAAAUUAAUAAAUAUUUCAAUCAGCAGUCUCGCAGUUUUUGUGACUGAUGAAAAAAUAAAUUCACUUCUGUGGAAAUUUUAUCAGCAAACUCCAUCGAGUUCUUUUGAGUGCCCCCAAAUCGUUCUUGCAGUAUGUCAGCAUUUCUUUAAUAUUAAUGCAUACUUUUCACUGCAGUUUCCAAAAUGAAGAAGUCAGAUUCUCGGAGGGAUAGUGAGCUAGACAAAGACAACUUCCCAGGUAAAUUUUUCUCUAAGUAUUUCAAUGUUUAACUUUUUUUGUUUUAGUCUAGCUCAGACCAGGAAAAUAAUAAGAUAUGGAAAAGUUCAAAAGUUGAUAAAAUUAUUUGGGGGAGUGCCCAAAGCCCCCCCCCCCUUUAGGUGUUGCUGUGUUUUAGACCAUAAGUACAUAUGUUUACAAACGAACAUUCACAAACUAUUGCAUGAAUACAGCAAUUAAUGUUCUAAUUAAAUCUUCCACCCCUAAUCUUAAUAAUGAUUUUUUUCUGUCAUAGUUACAAAGUCAAAGAAAUGAAAAACAUUCAACCAAAGCGACGAAGACUGGUCACCUGGUCAAUUCAAAAACAGAACCACUGCUUGGUUCUGUUUUUGAAUUGAACGAGCAUGCUACUGAACUUAGCAUCUUCGGGAAACAAUUUGCAUCCGGCAAUGUUGUGGUGGCAUACAAGUGGUUUUGACGUGUUGAAAUUAGAGGUCACUAGGCAUAGAUGAAUAGUCAAAGUGGCAUUAAUAUUUCGAAAUGAUUUUUAUUGUAUUCAUAUAGUUCUUUAAUAGAAACAAAGUUUUGCAAAAAACCUGUUUCAAAGUUGUUCCAACUUCGUUUGUUAUGCACGCUGAUUCCAACGUGAACAGUUAUAUUCAUAAAUAGCUCAUAUACCUAUUUCCUAACCCGAGACAAAUUUGGUGGCAAUAUUUGCUCUCCAUCUAUCGAAUUCACACUUGUUCUUCGUAAAGCUCCAAAAAUAUAUUAAUGUUCAAUGCAAAAAGGGAAUGGAAUUUGCAGUAUGUCAGCAUUUCCUUGAUAUUAAUGCUUACUUUUUCACUGCAGUUUCCAAAACGAAGAAGUCAGGUUCUCUGAGGGAUAGCGAGCUGGACAAAGACAACUUCUGCGGUAAGUUUUUCAAUCUUUAACUUUUUUGUAAAGUCUAGCCAAGACCAGGAAAAUAAUAAGAUAUGGAAAAGUUCAAUAAUUGAUAAAAUUAUUGGGGGAGUGUCCACAGCCCCUGCCCUCUUCGGGUGUUGCUGCGUUUUAGACGAUCAGUACAUAUAUUUACAAACAACCAUUGACAAACUAAUGUAUGAAGACAACAAUUAAGGGUCUUAAAUCUUCCACUCCUAAUUAUUAUAAUGAAUUUCUUUUUCUCAUAGUUACAAAGUCAAAGAAACGAAGAACAUUCAACCAAAGCAACGAAGACUGGUCAACUGGUAAGUCUGGUGAGGUCAACAAACUUGUCCACUGCUUGGUUCUGUUUUUGAAUUGAACGAGCGUGAUAUGAACUUAGCAUCUUGGGGAAACAAUUUGCAUCCGGCAAUGAUAUGGUGGCAUACAAGUGGUUUUGACAUGUUGAAAUUAGAGGUCACUAGGCAUAGAUGAAUAGUCAAAGUGGCAUUAAUAUUUCGAAAUGAUUUUUAUUGUAUUCAUAUAGUUCUUUAAUAGAAACAAAGUUUUGCAAAAAAUCUGUUUCAAAGUUGUUCCAACUUCGUUUGUUAUGCACGCUGAUUCCAACGUGAACAGUUAUAUUCAUAAAUAGCUCAUAUACCUAUUUCCUAACCUGAGACAAAUUUGGUGGCAAUAUUUGCUCUCCAUCUAUCAAAUUCAUCCAAUGCCAAACCGUUCUUCGUAAAGCUCUAACAAUAUAUUAAUGUUCAAUGCAAAAAAGACAGUUGAUUAGGGAACAAAGUGAGCAUUCCAAGAAUGUUAAAUUAAUAAAUAUUUCAAUCAGCAGUCUCGCAGUUUUUGUGACUGAUGAAAAAAUAAAUUCACUUCUGUGGAAAUUUUAUCAGCAAACUCCAUCGAGUUCUUUUGAGUGCCCCCAAAUCGUUCUUGCAGUAUGUCAGCAUUUCUUUAAUAUUAAUGCAUACUUUUCACUGCAGUUUCCAAAAUGAAGAAGUCAGAUUCUCGGAGGGAUAGUGAGCUAGACAAAGACAACUUCCCAGGUAAAUUUUUCUCUAAGUAUUUCAAUGUUUAACUUUUUUUGUUUUAGUCUAGCUCAGACCAGGAAAAUAAUAAGAUAUGGAAAAGUUCAAAAGUUGAUAAAAUUAUUUGGGGGAGUGCCCAAAGCCCCCCCCCCCCUUUAGGUGUUGCUGUGUUUUAGACCAUAAGUACAUAUGUUUACAAACGAACAUUCACAAACUAUUGCAUGAAUACAGCAAUUAAUGUUCUAAUUAAAUCUUCCACCCCUAAUCUUAAUAAUGAUUUUUUUCUGUCAUAGUUACAAAGUCAAAGAAACGAAAAACAUUCAACCAAAGCGACGAAGACUGGUCACCUGGUAAGUCUGGUGAGGUCAACAAACUUGUCCACUGCUUGGUUCUGUUUUUGAAUUGAACGAGCAUGCUACUGAACUUAGCAUCUUCGGGAAACAAUUUGCAUCCGGCAAUGUUGUGGUGGCAUACAAGUGGUUUUGACGUGUUGAAAUUAGAGGUCACUAGGCAUAAAUGAAUAGUCAAAGUGGCAUUAAUAUCGCCGAAAUGAUUUUUAUUGUAUUCAUAUAGUUCUUUAAUAGAAACAAUUUUUACAAAAAACCUGUUUCAAAGUUGUUCCAACUGUGUUUGUUAUACACGUUUAUUUCCAGCAAAUAUUAUAUUUAGUUUGACUUUUUAGAACACGUAAGGAAAUACGAACAAAUAACAAAAUAUAAUUGAUAAGAACAUAUAAAAAAUAAGAACAUGUGAUGCGCUAACGCAAACUCGAUUUCUCGACGACAAAAAACCCCCAGAAAAUUAGGGAUUUAAAGCGCUUGAUCUUUCAGGUUGGAAAUUGGCAGAUAGUAUACUUCAAAAUAAGUUUUCCGCAAAAUAAGUCUAACGCAAAACUAAACCCAAACCCUAAUACUAACCCUAACUCUAACCUAACUUAUUUAAAAAUUGAUAUAAAAAUGGAAAUCGUAUUUUGAAGUAUACUAUCUAGCAAUUUCCCUUUCAGCUAGGUCAGUGUAAUUAGUCACCGAAUGCGCGGUAAUUACUUAACAAUUAUUCGCCAAAGGCAAAGUGAUUACCAGUGAAUAUUUACUGAGACGAUGUUGAGAUGAAUAUUCACCAUAAUCACUGAGCCUGAGGUGAAUAAUUGUUUUAGUAUAAAUUUUUAAGGAAUAAUACAAAAUAACCAAAUAUCAGUUCAAUUAAAAUUCAGAAAUAAAACUGUUUUCGCCCUGUUUACGGUUACUGUCACUGAUAGGUUAGGGUCGGGGUUAAGGUUCAGGUUAGUGUUGCAGUGGUUCUUGUAAGCAAUCUUUCAUUUUUUUGUAAAGUCUAGCCAAGACCAGGAAAAUUAGAAGAUAUGGAAAAGUUCAAUAAUUGAUAAAAUUAUCGGGGGAGUGUCCACAGCCCCUCCCCUCUUCGGGUGUUGCUGCGUUUUAGACCAUAAGUACAUAUAUUUAUUAACAGCCAUUGACAAACUAGUGUAUGAAAACAACAAUUAAGGGUUUUAAAUCUUCCACUCCUAAUUAUUAUAAUGAAUUUCUUUUUCUCUUAGUUACAAAGUCAAAGAAACGAAAAACAUUCAACCAAAGCGACGAAGACUGGUCAACUAGUAAGUCUGGUGAGGUCAACAAACUUGUCCACUGCUUGGUUCUGUUUUCUUUCUGAACGAGCAUGAUACUGAACUUAGCAUCCUGGGGAAACAAUUUGCAUCCGGCAAUGUUGUGGUGGCAUACAAGUGGUUUUGACGUGUUGAAAUUAGAGGUCAAUAGGCAUAAAUGAAUAGUCAAAGUGGCAUUAAUAUGGCCGAAAUGAUUUUUGUUAUACAGGGUGUCCCAAAAAAAAUGAUGCCCCCCAUCAUAUUUUGUGGUACUACAUCGUUACCUGUAAUUCAAAUUUUUUCAUUUUUUUUUAUCAAUGAACAUAUUACAUUAAUCGUUGCAUUUUUUCGCACCAAAAUAUUUAACCGUUCGCCUUCUAGUUACUUAAGGUGGUGACACCAAUAUUGCCACUUGUCCAAAUUGAGGAUAUUAGGUUAAACAUAUUACGGAACGUCACAAAAUAUUUUAAUGGUAAAUGGCUACAUAUAUUUUCUAAAACUUGUAAUUAGUUGUAGCCAAAAUCGUACAUUAAUUUUCUGUAAAAAUAAUAAAGCAAUCCUCAGAAAAGGGGAAAGACUAGUGCCGGAAUCCCAAUAUUUGCUCUUUCAUGGAACAAAUUGAACGGAAAACAGCAAAUUUAAGGCAUUUUCCCAACCUUAGCUUUGCCUUUGUCAAUUUGCCAGGGAUUUUUCAUCUUUUUUUAUUAAUUUCUACAAGAAACAAAAGUUUAAUAAUAGAGAUAAAAAAAUCUUGUUUUUGAGCAAAAAGGUGGGUAGAAACUUUAGAAAUCCUUCUGCAAAGUUUGCAUUAUUUUUAACCUAAUUUCCGUAAUUUGGAUGGGUUGCAAAAUUGGUGUCGCCACCUUAAGUAUCUCUAGAAGCCGAACGGUUAAGUAUUUUGGUGAGAUAUAUACUACGAUUAAUAUAAUAUGAUUGUUUUUCAACCCACUGCAAAAAAUUUGAACCUUUGAUUAAAUAUAGCGAAGUAAUACCACCAAAUAUAACGGGGAAUUUUUUUUGGGACACCCUGUAUUCAUUUAGUUCUUUAAUAGAAACAAUUUUUACAAAAAACCUGUUUCAAAGUUGUUCCAACUUCAUUUGUUAUGCAUGUUGAUUCCAACGCGACCUGUUAUAUUCAUAAAUAGCUCAGAUACCUAUUUCCUAACCCGAGACAAAUUUGGUGGCAAUAUUUGCUCUCCAUCUAUCAAAUUCAUCCAAUGCCAAAACUGUUCUUCGUAAAGCUCCAAAAAUAUAUUAAUGUUCAACGCAAAAAAGACAGUUGGUUAGGAAACAAAGUGAGCAUUCCAAGAAUGUUAAAUUAAUAAAUCUUUCAAUCAGCAGUCUCGCAGUUUUUGUGACUGAUGAAAAAAUAAAUUCACUUCUCUGGAAAUUUUAUCAGCAAAUUCCAUUGAGUUCGUUUGAGUGCCCCCAAAUCGUUCUUGCAGUAUGUCUUAAUAUUAAUGCAUACUUUUUCACUGCAGUUUCCAAAACGAAGAAGUCAGGUUCUCGGAGGGAAAGUGAACUAGACAGAGACAACUUCCCAGGUAAAUUUUUCUCUAUGUAUUUGAAUGUUUAAUUUUUUUGUAAAGUUUAGCUACUAUGCCUUUCAUUUGUUUCUAUGCAGUGUCUUUUUUUUCAUUCCCAGAAGGUAUAUGGGCAUUGCUAAAAACAAUUUCAACAGAAAGCAAUUUGAACAUCUAUCACCGGAUAAACUUUCAAAGAAUGUGGAAACAAUACUCCAUCCCUUACCCAUUCGGCGCAUUUGUACAUAUUCUUCGUAAAGGCCAUUUUUCACUGCAGUCACUUUGCCCGCGCGGGUGGAGCGAACAUUACUCAACUUUCUCUGUAGUUGUCUAAUCUGUGCAUUUUUUGUCCGCCUGACCGCUUGCUCAAUUCAACUUUCUUGGCGUGCCCAAAAUUGGUCGCUCCACCCGCGCAGACAAAGCAACCGCAAUGGAAAAUGGCCUUAAGGUAAUUCCGCAGUUUUGCAUUGCGCACUUUUACUGCGCACAACUUAUAAUUUUAUCCAUUACAUUUACACGUACCGGUUUAAAAAAAUCAUUUUAUGACAAUUUUAGGUUACCUCAAAAAAACAUCUUUGUUACAUUCGUGCAAAGAAAUACGUCAAAAUCAAGGUUUUCAAAAAAGGCAUACAAAAGUGUAGCUAGGGUUCCUUGUGUCUGUUAUAUAUUUAUUUACUUGCAUUUCACGUUUUAAUGCCACAAUUCCCUAAAAAGAUCGGUGACCCCCGUUUUUUAACUGAUAAUUUAUUUCUUUGAUGCAUUUUACAUUUCAUAUCCGAAAUUAAAAGAAAAAUCAUUUCUGGAUCUUGAAAAAAAUACUUUAUCAAUGCAUGUUCUCAAAGAAAGAUAUGUAAAAUAAUGUGGAAAACACAUUUGUAGAUCAGAAUUGUACACGUUAGUAGUUUCACUUUGCUCAAAACACAAUAUUUUUUCAAAAAUAAUUACAAGAUAGGUUUACUAAAGCAAAAUCCGCGCUAAAAACGUCAAUAAAUAUCGGGCUAUUGUGAUUUUGCUGUUACUCGUAAUGAGCGUCAAGAUGGCGCCAUAUUGGGGUAAAGGUGGUAUAUUGUGAUUGUCAUAACUUCUUAACGAGUUCGGAGUUUGGCGGAAUUACCUUAAGAAGCUUUAUUCACAUGAAAAUUUGUAUAAUUGCGGAACCGAUUAAUUUGAAAAAAAAAGCAUUUUUUAUCAAGUAAACCACUAAAGAAGCUUCUUACAGCUAACUUAAAAUUGUUGAAUAAUGUGUGACUGAAAAGCACGGUAGUUGUGAGAUCUGUAAAUAGAAAGCACAACAUAAGUAUGUAGCUGCUGCAUUUUCUUGUUAUUAUAUUGCUAUGUAAUAGUUAUUGUUUCAGUCCAGUUGCAGAAGGUACUUAAUAAGAGAACACAUACGAUGUUGCAGCUUGAUAUUUUCUUUUUAAGAUCGAUCUCGCUCACCAUUAUAUUGUUCAAAGACGAAAAGCUCAUCAACAAAACGUAAAGGUAUGAACUUCCAUCCCUUUUUACCGAAUAUGUAUUUAAAUUUAAUGUUCAAUCAUAAGGUUAGAAUAUUGAUGACUAAAAAUUUAGGUCAGCAGUGUAUAGCUCAGAACAUAUAGUAUUCAACUUUAAAAAAGUACGAAAUAGAAAUAAUAUUAUGGAAAAAAUAGAUUUUCCCAACAUUAAUGGGGCGUACACACAACGAUUUUUAUAUAGUGUAAGACGACAAAGUUUUCAGUGAUUUUGCAGAUGUAAAUCUUUCGAUCCCAGACUACAUCUACAUGCACUAGAGCAAAAGUUUCAGUCUGAAUUUGUAAAACUUUCUGGAUUCCUUGUUUAUCUAGUGUACGAAUCUGUGAGGCGUUUACACUACACAUCAGUCGUCGAUGUAUUCGGAUCCGAUCGUCGAUGUAUUCAGAUCCAUCCAUUUACACUUACGGGACUUGUGCCACAUCUUCAAUAUUAUCUGCCAUAUUGAAUUCACGCUAACAUAUAAUUAUAUGAUCGCGGGAGCAAAUAUAUUUGGAUUCACCAUGGAAAACGAGUUUAUACACGAGAAAAUUUUCCACAUACAAAUGUGUCAGGAUAUAAAGUUACCACAAAUGUUUCCGGGACUAAACCAAGAUGAUUUACUAUAAAGUGAACGUACUUGCGUAAACGGCAAGAUGAAUCCGGUACUGAAAUUUCCUGUUUUGUGAUGUAUCCGAAUACGUUCCGGUUUUGUGAUGUAUUCAAUGUAUUUUUCUCCAAUGUAAACGGGGUCUCAAAAGGCUGUUAAGAUAAACAAGGUCAGUUUUAGCCACCUUAAAGCCUGCACUAGAGCUCCUCGCUUUUAUUGAGUGCCAUUUUCUGUCUUAGGGAAGCAAGAACAUCACAAAUGGACGAGAGAUGAGAAAAGGGCUGUUCUUGAACACUUGGAUAAUCACAUUCGGGAAGAAAAAGUCCCAAAUAAAGACGAAUGUGACGCCUACAAGCAAAAGUCUGGCGGCGCCUUGGACAAGCGUGACUGGAAGGCGAUAAAGUACUAUAUAAAAAACCAAAUUUACAAGAGAAAGAAGAUAACGAAAAGAAUGUAA